UUAUUCAAAAGAAGUUAACCACAGAUGUUGUACUUGUAUGCGGGACAAGAAAGUAUUUAGCUCUCCUAAUCCCACCACAACUGUUAAAAUUGGAAACCAAGAAAAAGACUUCACUUCAUAAUUAGAAAUAGAGGGGAAGACAAGAAACAAGAUUAGAAAUGCUAACAAGUGACAGGAGUAAAAGUAGCACACGAAAUUAAACACAACCACUGAUCAAGAGAGAUCUAAAGCAUGCAUGCCAGCUGCAGAACAAGUUCAAAAUUUUAAGGUUCUACUAAAAACUAGAAAGUGAUGGAAGAGGAAGAUUUAUCUUCGUCGUUUUCAGUUCAGAGGAAAAAGAAGAACAAAAACACCAAGAGAUUUAGUGAUGAACAGAUAAGAUCAUUGGAAUCCAUCUUUAAGCUGGAUACAAAGCUUGAACCGAAGAAGAAGAUUCAGCUGGCUAGAGAACUUGAACUGCAACCUCGCCAGGUGGCUAUAUGGUUUCAGAACAGGAGAGCAAGAUGGAAGUCAAAGCAACUGGAACAGGAAUACCGAGCUCUCAAAACUAAUUAUGAUAACUUGAAUUCACAAUUUGAAUUCUUGAAGGAAGAAAAGGAAUCCUUGCUUGCACAGUUACAGAAGCUAAAUGAGAUGCUCAAAGAAAUUCAUUCUACAAACGAAGCAAGCAAGGGCUUAGAAGAAAGAAGCACAAACCAGGGAUUGGAUGAUGAAAAUAACAAUAGCGAGAUUAAAGCAGACACAAAAACCUUAACUGAUACAGUAGACAACUGUUCUAUUAUGCAUUCAGAUCCUGAUGAGAGAGAAAACACAGGGGGCCUUCUUGAUCAAUAUCAAGGAGCAGAACUUCUGAGCUUCUGUCAACAGUUAGAUGGCCCCUUGCCACCAGCUGAAAGAUGGUGCAACUUUGGCUCCGGUGACAUUUCUGAUCAGGCAUGUGGCAACUCAAAUUGGUGGGAAUUCUGAAUCCAAAACAAGCUAGAAAGAUGUAGACUGUGUACAAAAUUGAUUCGUCAUGUUUGAUGGCCUUGUCGGAGAGUAAAAGACUUAUUAGGAUGUUGGUCAGAUAAUCAGGUACCAAUUGGUUUAGUGAAGCCAACAAAUGUAAACUAGACAUCUAAUAUUGUUGUUAUUACUCGAGGCUACAAUUGCAACAUCUGCAUAGAAAAACUCAAGCAUUACAGAUUUAUUUUCCAAAUUGAAGCAUUUAGUGUACUGCACUGGCUGAAGAUCAUGGGGAGUUACAAUGUACACAUUAGUUUUAGCAUGAGAAAAAAAUUAGGAUGAACCUGAGGUAGCUCGUGUAGAUUGUUGCAUGUGUAAUAUAUAUACUUAGUACUCUAUAUCUAUCUUCAAGAUUUAUAAUUUCAUAAUGCUAUUCCUUUCAUAAU